AUGGGUUAUGAUUUAUCUCCUUUACAAAAAGAAUUUAUUUCAGGGAUAACCACAGGCUGCAUAACUACAAUCGUCGUUCAUCCACUAGAUUUGAUAAAAGUUAGAUUACAAUUAUCAGCUACAGGACAAGGUAUAAUCCCCAAUAUAAACAACAUAAAACGAAAUAGAUAUAGACUCGUCUUAGAAAACAUUAUUAAGCAUGAAAAGAAACCAUUUGGAAAAUUACUGACUGUUAAAGAAAUUUAUAGAGGAUUAGGAAUUAAUAUCCUAGGAAAUACAAUUGCAUGGGGUCUAUACUUUGGAUUAUAUAGACAAUCAAAAGACAUAUUAUAUAAUGUUUACCAUAAGAAUAAUAUUCAAGAUGCCGGAUUUUAUAGAGGGAAAGAGGAAAAUUCUACCGUUGAAAAUAUAAUACAUGAUCAAAAAAUGUCACCAAUUAUGUAUUUAUCAGCAGGAGCAAUCAGUGGUUUAAUCACUUCAGUAGUGACAAAUCCAAUUUGGGUAUUGAAAACAAGGAUUAUGUCAACAAGUAAAUAUGCAGAAGGAUCAUAUGUUUCUAUUAUCCAUGGCUUCAAAACUUUGUUAGAGAAGGAAGGUUUGAAAUCUUUUUGGAGAGGUACAUUGCCUGCAGUAUUAGGAGUUUCUCAAGGUGCUAUAUACUUCAUGGUAUAUGAUACACUUAAAUAUAAAUACAGUUCACUGCCACAUAAUAGAUUUGUUCAAUCAGGUAAACUAAACUCUAAAGAGUCCAAUAGUAAAUCCGAGUAUAAAUUAAAAAAUUUGGAAAUUAUUGGCAUAACAUCUUUAAGUAAAAUGCUAUCAGUAUCCUCAGUUUACCCUUUCCAAUUAUUGAAGUCUAAUUUGCAAAGUUUCAAGGCAGUGAAUCAUAAUUAUACCUUGAUUAAUUUGGCCAAAAAUAUAUUCAAAGAGAAAGGGUUGCUUGGAUUAUACACAGGAUUAUCGGCAAAUUUGUUAAGAGCAAUACCGUCAACCUGUAUUACAUUUUGCAUUUAUGAAAACUUCAGAAACUGGAUAUAA